AAUAAACUGGCAACACUGCGAGCUUUCGCAUAACAGCUGACAUUUUCAUAUAAACAAAAGAAAAGAAAAAGAAACAAAAAUAGUUGUGCACUUGCAUCACAACUGAAUUAUUAUCAAACCUCACGAAUGGAGUCACUUCAACACAAAGUCUUAGAUUUUCCAGAGCCUGACGAAUCAUUCGAUCCGAAUUUUAUACCAGAGGAUGGCACACAAUAUUUACAAAAAGUUGCACAUGAACGCAAGCACUGUCCAGAUAUUGUCGUCAAACCAUUUGUAAAUAGCACACCCAGCCAGCCAAUAAGUUGGAACACCCUCUUACAGACAGACUUUGUGGACACAGCAUCCGUCCAGCUUCGGCCAUCAGAAGAAUGGAAAAAAGUGCAAAUAUCCGAAUUCCUAUCCAUCCGACAACGCAUAUCUUCAAUGCGAGAAUUAUUCCGACUGAAUAUGCCCGACAAUUUACCCAAAUUGCCGGAGAUCAGCGAUCCGAAAUCGUGGCUUGAAUUCUGCAAAAACAACUCGCCAAUACUCCGGAUUGUGCUGCAAAUCGACCAGAGAAUGCUAGAAGUUCUGUUGGACUAUCAACUGAAAUGGUUGGAAGAUUCGACGACAAGUGGCUUAGCUCUGGCCAUUGAAGACAGUUGGCUGGGUACAUGGAUCUAUUCGACAUUAAGCUGCCUACAUCUGCCACUCGAACCGAACACGCACAGUUUGUUACGGCAAGUAGCCAAAUGUUGUGUCAAUGGCAGAAAUCGAUUGACUGUUGACGAUGUUGUCUUAGCGACUCCGUUCAAUUUACUUAUUUGCAUUAUAUCCGGCUGUUUCGAUCAAAGAGACUUCAAAUCAAUGGUUUAAAAUAAAGUCAGCUCUGGCAGAUGUCGAGUAAAAUUU